GGUUCGGCAGGUUUUGCUGCCGCCUUGGCAGCUACUGUGCUUCAGUGCGGGGCGGGAGGGCGCGGAGCGAGCUGCAGCCCGGAGCCGGGAGCUGGGAGCCCGCCCGCGGAGCUGCGGCGGCGGCACCUGGGGCGAUCUCGGUCCUAGGGACACUGUAGCCAGUGCCCGGCGGCUUCUGCACCCAUCCGGGUCUAAGGAAGAGUGGGCCGGGCACUUUUUUAUUUUGGAUGAAAGGGGCGAGUCCUGGCAGGGGCUUCCUUCCUGGCCUGGCUCGCUUCUCACUGCGCCCCAGUUCUGGCCAGGACUCCAGAAGAUGACUCCAGGGUCUGUCCUGUGUAUUCCAGCGGCGGCGGCUCGGGGACUCAGCCCAAAGUAGUAAUACUUGGUGAUAACGCCUGGUGGGAAAGUGAGCCGAGGAGGCGUGGAGCCCGCUCUCCCCGCGACCCCCGGCGCCAGCCCAUUGCUCCUCGCCGCUCCUUCCCCUCGGCUCCCCGGCGGCCGCAGCAUGAAGUGGCGCAGUGAUGGCCAGGAGAGGUAAGAAGCCGGUGGUGAGAACGCUGGAGGAUCUGACGCUGGACUCGGGUUAUGGUGGCGCGGCGGACUCGGUGCGCUCCUCCAACUUGUCUCUGUGCUGUUCCGACUCGCACCCGGCGUCCCCGUAUGGCGGGAGCUGCUGGCCGCCUCUAGCAGACUCCAUGCACAGCCGGCACAACAGCUUUGACACUGUCAACACUGCCCUGGUGGAAGACUCCGAGGGGCUGGACUGCGCUGGCCAGCACUGCUCGCGGCUGCUGCCGGACCUCGACGAGGUCCCCUGGACCCUCCAGGAGCUGGAGGCGGUGCUGCUGCGCUCGCGGGAUCCCCGGGCAGGCCCAGCGGCCCCCGGCAGCCUGCCCAAGGACGCGCUGGCCAAGCUAUCGAUGCUGGUGAGCCGGGCGCUGGUGCGCAUCGCCAAAGAGGCGCAGCGCCUGAGCCUGCGCUUCGCCAAGUGCACCAAGUACGAGAUCCAGAGCGCCAUGGAGAUCGUGCUGUCUUGGGGCCUGGCGGCUCAGUGCACCGCGGCCGCUCUGGCCGCACUGUCCCUCUACAACAUGAGCAGCGCUGGAGGCGACCGUCUGGGCCGUGGCAAGUCGGCGCGUUGCGGCCUCACCUUCUCCGUGGGCCGCGUGUACCGCUGGAUGGUGGACAGCCGCGUGGCGCUGCGCAUCCACGAGCACGCCGCCAUCUACCUGACGGCCUGUAUGGAGAGCCUCUUCCGGGACAUCUACGCGCGGGUCGUGGCCUCCGGGCUUCCCCGCAGCUGCAGCGGCCCCGGCCCGGGCUCCGGCCCAGGCCCCAGCUCAGGCCCCGGUGCGGCCCCCGCGGCGGAUAAGGAGCGGGAGGCACCGGGAGGGGGAGCGGCGAGCGGCGGCGCCUGCAGCGCAGCCAGCAGUGCCAGCGGGGGCAGUAGCUGUUGCGCCCCGCCAGCCCCGGCGACCGCCGCAGUCCCGCCGGCCACCGCUGCCGCCGCCGCCAACCACCACCACCACCACCACGCGCUCCACGAGGCGCCCAAGUUCACCGUGGAGACCCUGGAGCACACGGUCAACAACGACUCGGAGAUCUGGGGGCUCCUGCAGCCCUACCAGCACCUCAUCUGCGGGAAGAAUGCCAGCGGAGUGCUGUGCCUGCCAGACAGCCUGAACCUGCACAGAGACCCGCAGCGGCCCAGCAAGCCCGGGGAGCUGCCCAUGUUCAGCCAGUCGGAGCUGAGGACCAUUGAGCAGUCUCUCCUGGCCACCCGUGUGGGCAGCAUCGCAGAGCUGAGUGACCUGGUGUCCCGCGCGAUGCAUCACCUGCAGCCUCUCAAUGUCAAGCACCACGGCAAUGGCACUCCCCUGCACCACAAGCAGGGGGCGCUCUACUGGGAGCCGGAGGCCCUGUACACCCUCUGCUACUUCAUGCACUGCCCACAGAUGGAGUGGGAGAACCCCAAUGUGGAGCCUUCCAAAGUCAGCCUGCAGGUGGAAAGGCCCUUCCUCGUGCUGCCACCGCUGAUGGAGUGGAUCCGGGUGGCCGUGGCACACGCCGGCCACCGCCGCAGCUUCUCCAUGGACAGCGACGACGUCCGCCAGGCCGCCCGGCUGCUGCUGCCGGGUGUGGACUGCGAGCCGCGCCAGCUCAGGGCCGACGACUGCUUUUGCGCUUCUCGAAAACUGGACGCAGUGGCCACUGAAGCCAAGUUUAAGCAGGACCUGGGCUUCCGGAUGCUGAACUGUGGGCGGACGGACCUGGUGAAGCAGGCGGUGUCUCUGCUGGGGCCUGAUGGGAUCAACACCAUGAGUGAACAGGGCAUGACCCCCCUGAUGUAUGCCUGCGUCCGUGGGGACGAGGCGAUGGUGCAGAUGCUGCUGGAUGCCGGAGCUGACCUGAAUGUGGAGGUUGUCAGUACUCCUCAUAAAUAUCCAUCCGUCCACCCCGAGACCCGCCAUUGGACGGCUCUGACUUUUGCUGUGUUGCAUGGACAUAUUCCUGUAGUUCAGCUCCUCCUGGAUGCUGGGGCCAAGGUGGAAGGCUCAGUGGAGCAUGGUGAGGAGAACUACUCAGAGACGCCCCUCCAGCUGGCAGCCGCUGUGGGAAAUUUUGAGCUGGUUAGUUUGCUGUUGGAGCGUGGUGCGGAUCCCCUGAUAGGAACCAUGUACAGGAAUGGAAUUUCUACAACCCCCCAGGGUGAUAUGAACUCAUUCAGCCAGGCCGCAGCCCAUGGACACAGGAAUGUGUUCCGCAAACUGCUUGCUCAGCCAGAGAAGGAGAAGAGCGAUAUCCUGUCCCUGGAGGAGAUUCUGGCUGAGGGGACUGACCUGGCGGAGACAACCCCGCCACCCCUAUGUGCCAGCCGCAACAGCAAAGCCAAACUGAGGGCCCUGAGGGAGGCGAUGUAUCACAGCGCUGAGCAUGGCUACGUGGAUGUCACAAUUGAUAUCAGGAGCAUGGGUGUCCCGUGGACUCUGCACACAUGGCUGGAGUCGCUGCGGAUUGCCUUCCAGCAGCACCGUAGGCCUCUCAUCCAGUGCCUGCUCAAGGAGUUCAAGACCAUCCAGGAGGAGGAGUACACAGAGGAACUCAUCACCCAGGGCCUGCCCCUCAUGUUUGAGAUUUUGAAAGCAAGCAAGAACGAAGUGAUCAGCCAGCAGCUGUGUGUGAUCUUCACGCACUGCUACGGGCCCUACCCCAUCCCCAAGCUGACCGAGAUCAAGAGGAAGCAGACCUCGCGCUUGGAUCCUCAUUUUCUUAACAACAAAGACAUGUCUGACGUUACCUUUCUGGUGGAGGGAAGACCAUUUUAUGCUCACAAAGUGCUGUUAUUUACAGCCUCUCCAAGGUUCAAAGCACUCCUCUCCAGCAAGCCUACCAAUGACAGCACCUGCAUAGAGAUAGGUUACGUGAAGUACCCCAUCUUCCAGCUAGUCAUGCAGUAUCUGUACUAUGGAGGCCCAGAGUCACUUCUCAUUAAAAACAAUGAGAUCAUGGAGCUCCUGUCUGCAGCUAAGUUUUUCCAGCUGGAGGCUCUGCAGAGACACUGUGAGAUUAUCUGUGCAAAGAGCAUCAAUACCGACAACUGUGUGGACAUUUACAACCAUGCCAAGUUCCUAGGAGUCACAGAGCUCUCUGCAUACUGUGAAGGCUACUUUCUCAAAAACAUGAUGGUCCUCAUCGAAAACGAGGCAUUCAAGCAGCUUCUAUAUGACAAAAAUGGUGAAGGAACGGGCCAGGAUGUGCUCCAGGACUUACAGAGGACGUUGGCCAUCAGGAUUCAGUCCAUCCACCUGUCAUCUUCCAAAGGUUCCGUGGUAUGAGACGUCCAGUGCUGGGAGUGCGUCCUGGAACCGUCCAGUUCCCCUGCUGCAUUGGCCUCACACAAACGUACAAAUUCCACCUG